ACUCACCUGCUCUGCAUCGCUCGGGAGUCGCCGAGAGCUGAAGAGGAGAUGGGAUCACGAGAGCCUGAGCGACUGCCGCGGCCAAGCAUGCCAGCGUUCGUCUCCACCAACUUCACUGGCCAAGCCGCUGCCUCCGGUCUCUUGCGCGGGCCACAGGCCACCUCGGCCGUAGCCUGCCGCGGUCCUGGCGGAGAUAGAAGAGGACAGUAGAGGGCGAGCUCGGCCAAGCACGGAGGUAUCUGCCUGUAUCAUUAACUUUAGUGCGCACGCAAUCAUCGCUGGUUAUCCGGUACCUGCUUUGGCCCUUGGUCCUCACCUCCCAUCUGAUGAUCUAAAGUUCUGAAGCACAACUCAUUCAGCUUUUGUUGGAAUUUACUCCAUCUUCAGUUCUUUCCAGCCCAUCUAAUGUCACCGACUUGACAUGUGGCAAUUGGAAAGAAUUCGGUAGUGGAUUCCAGAUGCUCUAAGUGUGCUGGGGACUGCCUGAAAUUUGGUUCUGAAUAUGUAUACUUCUGUUUCUUUGUUUUUCACGAAAAUGGAUAUAUAGUGUACUCCCACAAAGAAUUCGGUAGUGCAAAGCCUUCAUCUUUCUUUCUGAUGGUGCUCGGUCUUCAUUUUUUUCUUUGACUAAGCUUCACAGUUCAUGCACAUAGACAUAGUUCAGCAUUAGAAGGCCACAAAGACUUUUCUGAUGAUAUGGUCCAACCUCUCACAGUCUACACGGCUGUUGCCUGGUAAAAGCCACUACAGUUUCAAAUGCUGUAUGUAUCACAAGCUUUCAGAUUUGCAUGGACUAUUGACCUGCAUGACUUGAACUAGUAACCACUCUACCUGUAAUAUAUAUAUAAGCAGUAGGGGGUAACACCUCCUGUUCCAUAAAAAAGAAACCACUCUAGAGUUUUUCUUGAUACAUCUCAACCAUUUCAUCCCACUCUAGAGAGAGAAUGGAGAGCUUAAUUUCUGCAAUCUUUGGUGAGCUGACCACUAGAUCCAUAAAUUUCUUCAUUAGCAAACUCUCCAAGCCGACAACACUAGACGUGGAGGAUCGCCUCCGCAGGGUCCUGCUUCGGGCACAAGUCAUCAUUGACGAGGCAAAGGGGCGGCACAUCACAAACCAAGCUAUGCUCCUCCAGCUGGUCAUGCUGGGAGACGCCGUGCACUGGAGCCAUUAUGUGCUCGACACCUUCAGAUGCCAACUUCACCAAGAGGAGGACGCCAAUAAUCAGGGUGUGAGUCGCUCUUCAUCUUUGUCCAAAGUAAAUUCUGCAAUGCGCAUGCGUCUCUACAGUAGAGGUGCUAAGACUUUCAAAGAUCUGCAAGGGGCACUUGACAAUUUGAGCUCCAUGAUCCUUGAAGUAAAUGAGCUCGUACUGUUCUUGUCAAGCUAUCCUCGCAUGUACCGCCCACCUUACAGCAUGCAUCUCCAGCUGGCCAACUGUAUGUUUGGCCUCCAGUUGGAAGCACAGCUAGUCAUCAACUUCCUGUUGCACGUACAGCCUCAUGGCUCUGAUGAAGAAUUGGAGGUUCUGCCAAUUGUUGGACCAGGCUAUGUUGGGAAGAGCACCCUUGUCGCUCAUGUUUGCAAGGAUGAAAGAGUACGUGCACGUUUCUCAGAAAUCUUGUUCUUCCACAUCCAGACUUUCACAGAUGAUGAGCUAGCUACUUUUAGAGAUGAAUGUGAACUAAAACAUCAAAAUCGUGUGUCUGAAUCGAACUUGGAGGCAAGAUUGCUUGUUGUUAUUGAGCUAAUUGGGGAUCUUAUUAAUGAAGAGGCAUGGGGUAGGUUGUAUUCUGCCUCUAAAAGGUAUGCGCCAAGAGGUAGUAAAAUCAUAGUUACAAGCCGGUUUGACAGUAUUGUAAAGUUUGGAACAACACGAGCUUUGACUCUAAAGUUUCUCCCCCAUGAGGCAUACUGGUAUUUCUUCAAGACGCUUACAUUCGGAAGCAUGGAUCCUGAGAUGCACCCAAGGCUCACGCACCUGGCCAUGGAGAUAGCUAAGACGACACUGGGACGACUGGCCCACCUUCUUAGCGCAAACAUUAUUGCUCAUUUGCUAAAGGAUAACUUUGACGUCAAAUUUUGGUCUGAGUUGCUUGCCUUCUUGAGACGGUAUUCUCAGAAGCUUGUCUCCCAAUUUGGUGGGCAUCCAUUUGCUAGUUCAAACCAAAACAGACCUGUACCAUUUGGGAGAAUGUCUACGCCAUCUGAAGAUAUUGUGCUUUAUCAUCGGUGUCAACACCCUUCAGAAGAGGAGAUUCCAAAGAUAAAAUUCCAAGAUGUACUAUGUGGGAGCGUGAUGCCUCGUGGGAAAUUUGAUGUCCUAGCAUGGAGGUCUAGGAUACCUCCUUACUAUAGCUAUGUCCAUACUUGUGAGAUUGAAGGGCAAAAAACUAGAGCUGUGAAGAGGAAGCGUUCUAUGAAAAAUGGAGUAACGAAUUGUUAGUUUCUUGACUGUUAGUCUCAUGCAGAAAAGAUACCUGAAUGUGUUUCUUAGGGUGUCACAAAUCCUGGGAGAUUGGCUACGCCUUCUGAAGAUUCCGUGCUUUAUCAUCAGGGUCAAACGCUUUUCAGAUGAGGAGGUUCAUAUUUCAGAAUAUAAGAUUCAAAGAUGUAAUAACUAUAGUACUACCUAGCCAUCAAAGUGCUUUAGUAUUAUAUUUUUACGAGAUCUAAUGAAUCUCUUGUCGUUACCUUUCCUCCAUUUUGCAGCCCCAGAAUGUGGGUGUUGAGGCUGGCAUUUUUUCUUUAUGUUAUCGAUUCAGUAUGGUGCUUUGCUCU